UCCCUGGUGCAUUUAAAAGCUGCAGGCCCCUUCGACUAGCCUUGCUUCGUCGACUCGCUUGCCUGACAUUUCCCCGCUGAUCACAGACACCAUGUUUGGGACCCUCUGCCUUCUCGUCAGCGCUCUGACUUAUGGUGAUGCAGCCAAGGUGGUUACCCAGACACCGGCGGUCCUGACAGUUCCUGAAGGACAACAAGUUCUUUUUGACUGCAACAUUCAGAGCGAUGACAACUAUAAUGUCAAUUUUUAUAAACAAAUACCUGGCGACGCUCCAGAGUUUAUUCUGUAUUAUUACCGUACGCACUCCUCGCCUAGCUUUGGAGCACAAUUCCAAUCCUCCUCAAGUCGCUUUGAUGUUAAAGUGUCCUCUCCUGUAAACUACCAGUUCAUCAUUAAGCAGGCAAAGUCAGGAGACUCUGCUGAGUAUUAUUGUAGCACAUGGGACAAAACUGCUCAGGGACUUGUAUUCGGAGGAGGAACCAAGGUGUUUGUGACAAGCGAUGACCUCCCUGCCCCCGUGGUGACAGUCUUUCCCCCGGCCAGCGCCGAGCUCCAGUCCGAAAAGGCCACCCUGGUCUGUGUGGCCACACAGUCGUCCCCAUAUGCAGACGUCACAUGGCUGACUCGUGGCCUUCCGGUGAGCGGCGCCGUCAAGACCGGCCCCGCCAUGCGACAAGCGGACCAAACUUACACAAUCAGCAGUUAUUUGACCGUGGAGACAUCCAACUGGAAUGCGGACGCCACUUACACCUGUAAAGUGUCUUUGGGCUCCAAGUCUGCUGAAAACACCAUCAGAAAGUCAACGUGUGCGACCCUGCAGGCCCCUUCGACUAGCCUUGCUUCGUCGACUCGCUUGCCUGACAUUUCCCCGCUGCUCACAGACACCAUGUUGGGGACCCUCUGCCUUCUCGUCAGCGCUCUGACUUAUGGUGAUGCAGCCAAGGUGGUUACCCAGACACCGGCGGUCCUGACAGUUCCUGAAGGACAACAAGUUCUUUUUGACUGCAACAUUCAGAGGGAUGACAACUAUCUUGUCGGUUUUUAUAAACAAAUACCUGGCGACGCUCCAGAGUUUAUUCUGUAUCAUCACCAUACGUACUCCUCGCCUCGCUUUGGAGCACAAUUCCAAUCCUCUUCAAGUCGCUUUGAUGUUAAAACGUCCUCUCCUGUAAACUACCAGUUCAUCAUUAAGCAGGCAAAGUCAGGAGACUCUGCUGAGUAUUAUUGUAGCACAUGGGACAGCACUGCUCAGGGACUCGUAGUGGUCUUCGGAGGAGGAACCAAGGUGUUUGUGACAAGCGAUGACCUCCCUGCCCCCGUGGUGACAGUCUUUCCCCCGGCCAGCGCCGAGCUCCAGUCCGAAAAGGCCACCCUGGUCUGUGUGUCUACACAGUCGUCCCCAUAUGCAGACGUCACAUGGCUGACUCGUGGCCUUCCGGUGAGCGGCGCCGUCAAGACCGGCCCCGCCAUGCGACAAGCGGACCAAACUUACACAAUCAGCAGUUAUUUGACCGUGGAGACAUCCAACUGGAAUGCGGACGCCACUUACACCUGUAAAGUGUCUUUGGGCUCCAAGUCUGCUGAAAACACCAUCAGAAAGUCAACGUGUGCGACCUAGAUGGUCAACAUUUACGUUGCGUGGGCUAAUCAGGCCAUAGCAAUGAUGUAUUUGCAUGCUUGGAGGGAUCUUUUCUUUCAACUUUAUACUUGCUAGCUUAGAAUUCUUCAAUAAAAAAUUGUCAUCAAA